AAGGGAAGUGAAUGGAAAUAACCCAUUUUGAGGAAGCCAUGGCCAAACCCAACACGAAACACAGGACGUGUUCUCCGGGAUCUUCAGUCUCUGCUCUGCUGGCAAGCUGUAACCUGAGUGGGAGUAAUUCCUCCAACUCUGCCGGCUCGUUUCACUUCAAGAACAAGCUGUACAGUUCUGCCUCUGAGGCUCUCCAGGCCUAUAUUGAGGAUUAUGACCUAAGUCGGAUGUAUCCAGGCGCAGGUGCAAGCCCUGGGCGAGUGAGCGUCGACGAAGGGUCUACUCGGGCACGCCAGUUCUCCAGCCACGGUUAUAAAUCACACAAUGCUUUUGAAAAUCUUGAUCGCAUAAAGCAGUCCAACUCCUUAAACCUACCCAAUAGAAGAGAGACUUUUAAAGACACAGACUCUAUUAGCCUAACAACUGAUGAUCUGUUGAAACUUCCAGCGGAUGGAUCACUGGAUCUCACUUACAUCCGACCAGGGCAUCGAGCGAGCAAGAAAAACAAGAAAAGCUUCGGAAGAUUGGGUUCACUGAGCGUGGAACAGAAUUCAGAUUUCCGGGACCCUGCCACUCCCAUGGACAAAGACAAAUUAGUCACUCCUGUUGUGUACACAUGCAGAAGUGGAAAGCAGUGUGGGAGGCUAAAAAACCCAAAACUUGUGAAUAGAACCAAUAAAUGCAUUUCUGAAUCAUCUUCCUUUUUUCCCAAGAAGUCAUCUUUCAAGGACAGUUCAGAACACAGCGCUGAGAACAAUUAUCCAAGGUGGCUCACAAGCCGGAAAUCCGACCUGAAUGUCUCAGGAAUCACUAGCAUACCUGAUUCCAAAUAUCCAGUCUGGCUCCACAGUCAAGAUUUGCUACCUGACGCGAACGGUCAGCAGGCUUGUAAAGCAUUUAAGGAAGAUCAGUGUUCCCCUAGACACAGUUAUCAGGCACAAAGAACUUCUCGGCUAACGAAUAAAUUGGAUUGUUUUGGAUAUGCUCUGGAACCCUCAAACUUUUCCAAUUCCUUGAAUGUUGAUAAAGGACUAGAUAAUAAGUACAAAUGUGAUCUUGAACAUAGCCACUGUCAAUGUGAAAAUCCACUGCUCCAAGGACAAGGAAAAAAGCCAUUCAGUGGUGACAAAAUUGAAUUGCUUAUCCUGAAGGCCAAGAGCAAUCUAGAGCAGAGUGCUGAAGACUUACCAAGGUCUGUGCAGAAGGAUGACAGUCCUUGCUCGUUAGAUAAACUUGAAGCAGAGCGAUCGUGGGAAAAUGUUCCUGUUCCUUUCAAAUCUCCUGUCCCUGUUAGCUCUGAAGAUAGUCCUCCUGGAAGUUCAAGGGCCAAGUGUGCUAAUCAGGUUCUUGAAGACUUCUUAAAUAAUGACGAUCAGAGUUGUACCCUUUCUGGAGGCAGACACCAUGGUCCUGUUGAAGCCCUGAAACAAAUGUUAUUUAAUCUUCAAGCAGUACAAGAAAGUUUUAAUCAGAAUAAAAGUACAGAGCCAGAAGAAGGACUCAAGCAGAGUUCAGAAGAUGAUUUCUCUACAUUACAAUUGAGAGAAAGUAUGAUUCCCAUUACAAAGUCACUUCAAAAGGCCUUGCACCAUUUAUCUCGCCUGAGAGAGCUGGUGGAUGAUACCAGUGGGAAACAGCCACCGAAAAUGUGAAGAGGACAGUGAACCACCCGAUAAUAAAUAGCGACCCAGAACAGACAUGUAUUUUUUCCUAUGACUUAAGCUGAGUACAUGAUUAUAUGCCAUAUACGAUUC